UUACGUUUUUCGAUUUGCGCUUUGCACCCUUCUGCAUCUCCGCUCCUAGUCUCACGCUUUCUUCACACUUUUAUCGGUUUCCUUUGAGUUAUAGGCUUAUUACCGAUUUGUGGAAGAGGUUUCGACUGUCGACGAUAUCUAGGUUUUUGUUUUUGCUGGGUUGUAGGUUUUGAUAGUUUAAUUUAGGAAAGGAUACGUUAAGCAUUGGAACUAGUGGUGCUGAAUGAAGGACCGUCGAUCGGAAUGGCGUGGUGACCCUUUGCUUCACCGCUCACGUCGCAGUAGGAGCCCUAUGAUGAGUUUUAAGCGGCAACAGAGGCCGCCGAUGAGGGCCCAUAGGCCCUCUGGCCGCCGGAGUGCAUCAAGAGAGCGGCGGCAGGAGCAUCCGUUGAGGCGCCUUGAUCAUGGAAGGGAACUUGUACAUAACCAUUCACCACCGCCUCAGCACCGCUAUCGCUCACUGUCACCACCGUUCUCUUCGCGUGAUGAUGGUUUCAGAUUCCAACACGACUACGUACUUCCAGACCACCCUUCAUUUAACCCUAGCUGGAAGUAUUCACCAUCGAUCAAGGAUAGAGAGUUCCAUUCUCAGAUUGACGGGGCUCUGCCACCUUCCUCGUUAGAUAUUGAGGAACAGGGCAUACUGCGACAAAAUUCAACCUUCAUUGGAGAAGGAUCAUCCCGGAGCCUUUAUUCAGACCACCCAAUUGGUUCUGCUGUUCUGAACUUGGAGAGAAUGAGACGCAGUGGAGGUAGUUUUGGUAUGGAGAUACAGGAAGUUGACAUGCAUUCUUAUAAUGAUGGACGUAGGGAUCCAUAUGAUGAUAUGGAUAGAAGACAUAUACAUUCCAGAGGUUUUUCCAUCCCCAAAUUGCCGUCCUCUCAGCUAAGGCCUUUCAGCAAUAUUUCUUCAUCUGGUAUAUUGAAGGAGGAGGUCAACAGUUUGCAUCAUAACCCUAUAUCAGAUGGGCUUGCCACUGGUGUGGGCAGAUACCCUGAUGACCACUUGGAGCAUUACACCUACAAUCAAGUACCGAAGUCUGAUCCACUGAGGCAUGGCCUACUGGAUGGAUCCCGGAUAUAUGAGCAUGAUGAACUUGGCCCUAUAGGCCUGGAUGAUCAUCGACAUAGGGUACAAGAUGAACUAUAUAAAAAGAUGCCUGGUGCUUCUCGGACUGAGCUUACGAAUGCAACUUCUUCGACUCAGUUUGAAUUAGACUAUCCUGGAGACUGGAGGGAUCAAGAUGAUUCUACUAAUAGGAAUUUAAUUCAAAGAACUUUUUCAGAGCGUCGCCAUUAUUUGCAGCGAGAUUUUGCUCAUGAUUUUGAUGAUGUGAGAGCUCAACAAGAGUUACCAACCAAUUCAGGCAAUUGGCAUGAUGGAUUGCGAAUUAAAUCAUCACGAGAUUAUGAAAGGAUGCCUUUUGAAGAGGGUUUUGCUUCUGAAAAACAUUUUUUCCCAAUAUCUCACAGAGUGGAACAUAGGAAUAGGAAGCCUUUGCUAUCAGAUCAUGAAGUAGAUGAGCAUAGGCUAUCAAUGAGUGCUCAUGACAGGUCACACAUGGAUGAUUUAGGUGAUUAUGAUGUGGAAAGGAUGGAGAACAGAAAUUAUGACAUCAUUGAAGACAUAGAUGACAUUGAUUCACGAACUGUGUUUAUGAAUGACCGUCAUUCCUUUGCACCGUAUGUAAAUGAGGAAAUGUGGCCAAGUGAAGAGAUGGCGGGGCCCUCAAUGUCGAAAUCCAUGCUUAUGGAACAAUCCCGAUAUAGAAAAUUUUUGCGUGGCAUUUCUUCAUCUGACGCUUUUAUGCCAUCAAAAGUUGUAUCUUCCACACCUGCAGAAAUUGGUCGUAAUAUCGAUUCAAAGAGGAGGUUGAAGCACCCCCGUUCUGACUUUGAUACUUCAUCUUUCUCAGAAAGAAGACAAGAUUCGUUGAGGCCCUACAAGUACUGGAAGAGAGGAAUGCAGGAUAGGCUUGGUGCUCAAGCUAGAGGGAAACAUGACAGUGAUUCUCUUGUUGUGAAGAAUGAUCCCCCAGAAGAUUCAGAGGAGUUUAAGCAGCAAGUUCAUAAAGCAUUCCUUCGCUAUUCUAAGCUGUUGAAUGAGAGUCAGCACAAUCAAAGAAUAUACCAAAAUCAAGGAAAUACCUACAGCCUACUAUGUAGUGUAUGUGGAAGUACUUCUAAGGAGUUUUUGGAUACAAAUGGCCUAGUUACACACUGCUAUCACUCCCAUAAGCCCGGUUUAAAAACAGAACAUUUAGGUUUUCACAAGGCACUAUGUGUCCUUUUGGGCUGGAACUGGCGUGUGCCUCCUGAAAAUUCGAGGGCAUACCAGGCCAUGCCUGUUGCUGAUGCCAAAGCUAUGAGGGAAGACCUUAUUUUGUGGCCUCCACUCGUAAUUAUUCACAAUAUUUUAGUUGGAGAUUAUAGCAGUACCAAGGUUGGUAAAGUUGUCAAUGUUGAUAGCCUGGAAAAGAUACUCAGAGAAAUGGGCUUCGGCGCAGGAAAGAUCCGCUUCUGCCAUGGAAGACCUGCAAAUCAGAGCAUCUUCACUGUGAAGUUCUUGCCCACAUUUUCUGGCCUACAAACAGCAGAAAGACUUCACAAACACUUAGCCGAUAAAAAGCAUGGCAAACAGGAAUUCCUGCAAAUUUCUUCCCGUGGAAAGAACAGCGAAGUAGAAAGCCAAUCCAAACGGCCAGAUGAGUUCCUAUAUGGUUACAUAGCUGUUGCAGAAGACUUGUAUAAACUCGACCCAGAAACCAAGAGAAGAUCUUUGCUUAAAAGCAGGAAGGAUGAUAUUGAAGCCAUUGCUGAUGCCCCUCUCAAUACUAUUUAACUUACGGGUACUGAUCUAAUCUGUUGAUACCUUAUUACUUGUUUUUCUUUCCUGUAGCUUCUGAGAAGCUCACUUUUACUUUAUGGUGUUUGGGAUUGAUUUUGUGUA